GCCACUGUGCAGCACUCGCUGAGCGUGCACCGUCUUGUUUCCCAUUUCCUGACAAGUACUCUCCGCGGUCUCAUACGUAUGGAUAAGACCCAGCGCCAGCUCCAAGAUGAAUAUCUGAGGAAGGUAUUUCAGUACAUGCGUCUCGUCCCACCUCAGGGCGCAGACUCUGACGGCCGCGGUGGUCAAAUGCUGCACGAUUUGCUUCACAUCUCCGACUCCUCGCUUCCACACCACUUUCACUACUCACACGAAACGAAGAACACCCUCUACUUGCACAAGCUGAGGUCUGAUGCAAGCAAGGUCGUCUGUAAGAUGGCCGUGGGGAGCAGCGGAGGGGAGAGACUGCGCCAUGAGGCUAAGUUCUACGAAGCCCAAGCGACCGCCGUGCUUCGAGGCAGCGAGAUGCCGAACUACUAUGGACUCUUUCAAAGAGGUUCGGAAGACGAUGCAGCGACGUGCCUGGUGCUGGAGUACUGUGGGGAUGCGUUGCCGAGUGCGCUGCGGAACCAGAAGAGAUCGUUCAGAGAGGCAGCCGUGAGGGCCUUCGAGAAGCUGCACUCGCGGCCGGUCAAUAUCAUAAAGGGCGGAUUCUACGAGUCCAAGGAUAUAAUACGUCGGCCGACUGGCCAGCCUUGCAUAGUCGACUUCUCCAGCGCACGCUACCACUUCGAGUCAUGCAGGAGCCCGAAAAUCGAGUUUGACAUCCCGUCUCCUCCUCGAGGCCUUUAUCCAUUAUGUGGAGAGCUGCGGGCCGUCGCUGAAGAUGCAUGGGCGUGGUACAACAGUCAGUCUACGAUGCUCCAGGUCCCGAAGCUGGGGACGCCGUUGUACUACACUGGAGAGCCGUUGGAGAGUUACUGGGAGAGUGUCGACGACAUCAUGAAGACCACUAGGGAAGAAGGUCUCGCGCUGAUAGCAAAAGCUAUCGAGGAGUACGAGACGAUGAUGAACGACAGAAAAGAGUUAUUCGAUGCAGUGGAGCGCGAUGAAUAAGGCAACCUUCCAGCUGCCCAGGAGUCCUGUUUUGAGGCGCAUAUA